AUGGGUGUGCUUCCGAAAAUUAAUCUCGUCGCCAGGCAAUUUAGGUGAGCAUUCUAUUGUAUUUCUUAUUUUAGAAAACGUUCGUACGAGAAUGUUCUGUCGUUUUUUCGAACAUAGCACUCAAUUACUUCAGAAAUGUUUGACAAAACAAUUUUUUGAAUUUUUUGCAGAAGAUGCUCAAUGGCCGCCACGUCAUCAUCAACUUCGGCGCCCGCCCCGAAUUCCACGUCAUCCGACUCAUCGGCCACUUUUGUACACGAACACGUCAGGCAAAUGCAGGUUUGAUUUUUUUAAAUUUUAGUCGCAAAAGCGUUGAAUUUGAAUUGAGUUUCAGACGUAAAAACCGAAAUAGAAAAAAAAAUGUGUAUCGAUUUUUUUGUUAAUCGUUUUCUGAUAAUUUACUUAUAUCAACUCUAAAACGAGUAUUAGUCAAAACUCGGAAAAAAUCAAUUUUACGGUGAAACUUGAUUCUUUUCCAAUUUAGAGCGAUAUUAUGGAACAAUUGAUACCGCAAGACACUUCCGGUGCCGUCGAAAACCUGGCCGAUCUGAAUGUGACGUCGAACUUGGGACGAAUGACACACUAUUAUUUUCAGCAGGUUUAUUUUCCCCCUAAUUUUUCAGUUAGAAAUUCAAAAAAAUGAUUUUCAGGGCGGAAAAAUGUUGCGGCCGAAAGUGGCACUUUUGAUGGGAAACGCCUGCAAUUCGGCCACCAAUCGCACUAUUUUGUACGCGUUUGUAUGCCCAUUUUCCGAUUUUCACUGUAAUUUUAUUGCAGAGAAGACAUGCUGGCAAUUCCAUUUUCGGAGCGGUUAUUAGGCUCCGCCCACUUGGCAGUCUGCCAAAAUCAGUACAAAAUUGGAAUGAUUGGUGAGCUUUUUUGAGAUGCAACUUUUCAAAAUACGAUUUUUGCAGCGGAAAUGAUCCAUACGGCUUCUUUGGUGCACGAUGACGUCAUCGACGAGGCGAACACGCGCCGCGGAUCGGCCAGUGUCAACGCCGUCUGGGGAAACAAAAUGGUUGGGGAAAUGUUUGGAUUUUUCUGAAUUGAUCUUCAAUUUUUGCAGUCCGUCCUGGUCGGAGACUUUAUUCUGGCGCGAGCCACUCAAAUUUUGUGCUCGAUCGGAAAGCCGAAUGUGAUUUCGGUGAUGGCCUCGAUUAUUGAGGACUUGGUCUUGGUAAGCAUUUUUUUCUAAUAAAACAAAACUGUGCCAGAACUCUUUCUUGUAUAUAUAUAAAACAGAAGAGAAGAGUCUGUCUUCUUGCAUGUCCGCUGCACGGGGUGAAACAGUUCGGCCCCCGUCCCGUGAACUGUCGGCUGCUUAUUUCGCCGGCCGGCCGCUCGUUCCUCAAGACUUUUUCAAAACUUCUGAUGCGUGCUGUUCGAAGAAUAUUGAUUAAUUUUUACUAAUUUUUUGGAAACGAGUGCAUUAUGAUUAAAACUCGCAAGCAGCAACAAGAAACUCGCAGAAAUGUCUAGGGGUCACUGUCAAAACAACUUUUUUUCGAGGCGUGGCUGCUUUUUGUGUCUCUUUGUUAGUUUAGAUCAUAAAAAGGUCAUCCUCAAAAAAUCGAGUUGAAUUUCUCGCUGCUCUCAAAACUAUAAACAUUGUAUAAUCAAAUUGUUCAGGGAGAAUUUAUGCAAAUGUCGUCGACGCCCUCCUCGGCCACUUCCGGACAGAGAAUGACGGCGUACAUUGAGAAAACACACCGAAAAACUGCGAGUUUAUUCGCCAGCAGCUGCAGAUCCGCCGCUAUUUUGGCUGGUAAGAAGAACACUUUUGUUCUAGGUUUUUAGGAUUUUUAUUAUCUUGAAAUAGGACUGGAUUUCAUUAAUUAUCAGAGAAGAGACAUUUUGAUUUUAUGUUCAUGAGUUCAUGGUUGAUAUUCAAAAAAGUGUGCAAACGUGUUUUUAACUUUUGAACAAUUCCAGACGAAUCGGAUGUGAAACUGCACGACACGGCGUACGAAUACGGUCGGAAUCUGGGAAUCGCCUUCCAGCUCGUCGACGAUCUUCUUGAUUUUGUGGCCACCGCCGACGAGAUGGGAAAACCGGUGGCCGCCGAUUUGAAAUUGGGUAAAUUUUUGUUGAAAUCAAACCUGCAAAAAGGUGGAAUCUCGUUCCGUUAGACUCAAUUCUCGGCCGCUGUAUAAAAAUUGUCAUCAUUUUUGUGUGUUGUUUUUAAAUUGUUCGAGGCGUAAGGGAAAUGCAACCUUUUUGCGAGGCUAAUAACAAAAAGGCAAUAAAUAAUUGCAACUUCAGGUCUCGCGACGGCGCCGGUACUUUACGCGAGCGAACAAUAUCCGGAGCUCAAUGAAAUGCUCCUUCGCAAAUUUAAAAACGAGGGAGAUGCGGAGAAAGCGCGCGAAAUUGUGGUGAAUUCGGACGGAAUGGAAAAAACGAGACGGCUAAUCGGCGGAUAUUCCGAAAAGGCCGUACAGUUGGUAAGGACUCGAAAGAAACAUUCUCUCACAAAAUGUAUUUUCUAGGCCUCAUCCCUGCCAAACCGCAACGAAUGCACCGAACAACUCAUCAAACUGGCCAUUUCUCAAUCGGAACGCAAAUUUUAA